UAUUGCGCCUAAAGGUGUGUGUGUGUGUGUGUGUGUGUGUGUGCGUGUGUGUGAGGCAGUUUCACUCUCUGUUGCCAAUCACCACUCCUACUUUGUUUCUCUGCAUGGAUGACAGAUAAUCAUCACAGUUCACUAUGAGGAGGAUGGCGAAGGAUCUGCAACCAGCCGAGCAAAGGUCUGGGUGGAUCUCCAGUUGGCUUCCAUCCUGGUGUCCCACCUCCCUCGCUCAGCUGAAGGACGCAGAAGACAAAAUGCUCAAAUCUGUGAAGGCCCCAUUCUCCAGGCAGCAUGUCCGGAUAUCCAACGGCAACUAUCUCUGGACCUUAGCCUUCACCUCUCACAUCAAGCCCCAUCCCUCUCUCCCACCCCAGCCUCAGCCAAAGGCCCAUCCCUCUCUCCCACCCCAGCCUCAACCCCAUCCCUCUCUCCCACCCCAGCCUCAGCCCCAGCCACAUAUCUCUCUACCACCCCAUACCCAGCCCCAUCCCUCUUCUCCACAACCCUCUCUCCAGCCCCGUCCUCCCCUGGUGCUGCUCCAUGGGUUUGGGGGUGGUGUGGGUUUGUGGGCCCAGAACCUGGACUCUCUGUGUGGCAGUGGAGCCGUGUAUGCCCUGGAUCUUCUGGGGUUUGGACAGAGCAGCCGGCCCCUGUUCAGCGUGGACCCCCAGGGGGCAGAGGAGCAGUUCCUAGGGGCCCUGGAGGAGUGGAGGGACAGGGUGGGCCUGGAGGAGAUAGUCCUGCUGGGACACAACCUGGGAGGAUACCUGGCUGCUGCUUACACACUUACACACCCACACAGGGUAAAGCACUUGAUCCUGGUGGAGCCCUGGGGGUUCCCGGCCCGUCCAGAGAGUCUAGAUCAGGAGAAGUCUAUCCCAGUGUGGAUCAGAGCCAUGGGGGCUGUCAUGAGUCCCUUCAACCCCCUGGCUGGACUUAGACUGGCCGGACCACUGGGUCCUAUGUUGAUCCAGACCAUCAGGUCAGAUUUUAAACAGAAGUACUCUUCGGUGUUUGAUGACAACACCGUAUCAGACUACAUCUACCAUCUUAACGCACAGACACCAAGUGGUGAAACAGCGUUUAGGAACAUGACAGUACCAUAUGGUUGGGCUAAGAGACCAAUGUUAGAUCGUAUUGGACAGAUCCAACCAGACAUUCCAAUAUCCAUCAUCUAUGGGUCCCGAUCCAGUAUCGACAGCGACUCGGGAUACACUAUCCAGAAAAUACGACCAGAUGUGGACAUCAUCGUGAUAAGGGGAGGAGGUCACUAUGUGUUUGCUGACCAGCCAGACGACUUCAAUCAGAACGUUCUUCACAUCCUGGCCAGGAUGGAGGGAGAUAAGGAGAAGAGGAGUGAGGAGUGGUGUAGAUGAGAAGGAAGGGAAAUGAGGAGGUGAGAGGAGAAGAUUGAGGGUUAAAUAACGAAUGGCAGAUGAGAAGGGGAGAAGAGACAGUAAAGGAGGGGGAGAAGGAGAGAGACAUGGAGGAGCUGUUACCACUUCUUGGCUCUGAGGAGUAGGAGGACGAUUGUUACGUUCAGACUUUGAACACACACUUUCCUCACUGAGGACGUACUAGCGCUAGGCUGGUAUGCGAUGGUUAGAUCAUCAUUCUGUUUUAGGUUGAUAUGGGAGGGCUUGCUAAUGAUCUAUGGUGACAUAAGCUGCCGCUGGCCCAUGUGGACUCCAAUGCUUCCCACAGUUGUGUCAAGUUGGCUGGAUGUCCUAUGGGUGGUGGAACAUUCUUGAUACACACGGGAAACUGUUGAGUGUAAAAAACCCAGCAGGGUUGCAGUUAUUGACGCAAACCGGUGCGCCUGGCACCUACUUCCGUACUCAAUUCAAAGGCACUUAAAUAUUUUGUCUUGCCCAUUCACCCUCUGAAUGGCACACAUACACAAUCCAUGACUCAAUUGCCUCAAGGAUUUAAAAUCCUUCUUCAACCUGUAUCCUCCCCUUUAUCUACACUGAUUUAACGUGGAUUUAACAAGUGACAUUAACAAGGGAUCAUGGCUUUCACCUGAUCAGUCUUAUGUUGUGGAAAGAGCAGGUGUUCAUAAUGUUUUGUACACUCAGUGUGUGGGCCGAUAUAUGAUAUAUAUAUUACCUAUACUACAUCCACCUCUCAUCAGUAUGCCCCUGUACAGCCAGUGUGUGGGCUGAUAUAUGAUAUAUAUAUUACCUAUACUACAUCCACCUCUCAUCAGUAUGCCCCUGUACAGCCAGUGUGUGGGCCGAUAUAUGAUAUAUAUAUUACCUAUACUACAUCCACCUCUCAUCAGUAUGCCCCUGUACAGCCAGUGUGUGGGCCGAUAUAUGAUAUAUAUAUUACCUAUACUACAUCCACCUCUCAUCAGUAUGCCCCUGUACAGCCAGUGUGUGGGCCGAUAUAUGAUAUAUAUAUUACCUAUACUACAUCCACCUCUCAUCAGUAUGCCCCUGUACAGCCAGUGUGUGGGCCGAUAUAUGAUAUAUAUAUUACCUAUACUACAUCCACCUCUCAUCAGUAUGCCCCUGUACAGCCAGUGUGUGGGCUGAUAUAUGAUAUAUAUAUUACCUAUACUACAUCCACCUCUCAUCAGUAUGCCCCUGUACAGCCAGUGUGUGGGCCGAUAUAUGAUAUAUAUAUUACCUAUACUACAUCCACCUCUCAUCAGUAUGCCCCUGUACAGCCAGUGUGUGGGCUGAUAUAUGAUAUAUAUAUUACCUAUACUACAUCCACCUCUCAUCAGUAUGCCCCUGUACAGCCAGUGUGUGGGCCGAUAUAUGAUAUAUAUAUUACCUAUACUACAUCCACCUCUCAUCAGUAUGCCCCUGUACAGCCAGUGUGUGGGCUGAUAUAUGAUAUAUAUAUUACCUAUACUACAUCCACCUCUCAUCAGUAUGCCCCUGUACAGCCAGUGAAGGCAAUGUUGUGUAUAUCAUCUUUGUAAAGAAAUGUCAAAUGUAUUGUUUUCUUAAAUAUAGAAUAAUGUACAUGGAUGUUUUGCCUGUUGACAAAUGUCCAUAGUAUCAUGUCUCAAAGCUGUUACCAGUAUGCUAAAACUUUAUAUUCAGAGUAAGCAAGGGAACAGAGAGACCCCCCCCCCCAAAAAAAAAAUCUAUUCUAAGAAACUGUUGAGCAAUGUUUUAAUGCUUGAGGAGGGAGAGUUGAUCCCAAAGGAAAAACUUGUUUUCUGUGGUGAACUAGUAUAAAGUUGACUGGGGUUUUUCUUUCUUAUUUGACACUUCACCCAUACUGUUGCCUAACUAACCUCCAUAGGCCGACUGGUCCAGUCUCCCGUCAUGUUUGAGACCGAAUAUUUUGCAGUCCGCGACUACUGCCUGACUGAUCUACAAUUACCCUGUAUCCUAAAUAACUACUCAUUAUGAUUUAUAGAUCAGUCAGUUCCCUCUGACGGUGAUCAAUAAUUCAGCGAAUUUGAUGCUCUUGAACGUGACCUCUCUCUACAGAGCCAGCUCUGCAAAUGUACCGCACAACAGGAUAAAGGAUAUUUUCAUCAAAAUAAUGUUCUUUAUGAUAUGAGGACUGGUAUGGAGGCCAUAUUAUUUACUAUAUGUUCGUAUUCUUCUCUUUGAUUUCUUAUUGUUGUUGUCGUUGUUGAGAAGGAACCUAUAAAUAAUGAUUUCAAUGGAAGGUCUAUACUGUGUGUAUCCUGUACAUACAACUAAUAAAACCAACUAUUGGAUGUUU